UGCAACACUUUUAGAAUAUUUUUAAUGCUAACAAUGGGUGAACUAACAAGAACACAUUUUAAACAAGAUUAGUUGCUACUUGCAUCGCUACAAAAGUUAAGUAAUGCUUCUACUUGUUCAGCUACGAAAGUUAAGUAAUACUUUUGAAUUACUAUGCAAUCCGAAACAUUUCAUGCUUUAAUAAGUAAUUAAAUCACUCUAUAUUUUAAAAAUAAUUAGGUUUAUCGCAAAUGAUAAAUGUCAUCGAAUUAUUUAUUUUGCUAUUAAAAUUCGAAAAGGUUAAACAAAGUAUUUAAAUUUAAACCCUUUUCAAGUAUGGAAGUACAAUUUAUGUAUAACUGUGUCUUAUUUUCUUUUUAAAUCUGUAUUAUUGAAUGGCCUACGACACUGUGAUUUGUCAUACUUUUUACAAAGGUCGUAAUUUUGUAUCAAACUGUUUCUUAGCAUUGUUUCCAAACAGUUACGGUUUUACAGAUUUCCAGAACUUCAAUUAAAUAACAGCACAAUACAUACAUAUUAAAAAACCUAUUAUUUAUAAAUGAAAAUCAUGGUGUUUGUCACCAAGAACACUUCUCCUGAUCGAUUUGAUGUGGCUUGUCAUUAUAUUGCACCCAGUUCUUCAAUUUUAAAGGUUAAAUUUAACAUAAUCGUCCCUAAGGAGAAGACACAAUAAAUUAAUAAAUUGAAUUUUUAGAUAGUCAAUAAAUUGAAUUUUUAGCUUUUUUUUUUUUUUUUUUUUUUGUUGCUGGAAUAUAAUUUCUGAGAAAUGGAUUGUAAAGUUAUCAAGCUUUAAAAACUAAUUUUACAAAUUUCUUACAAGAUAAUAUGAAUUCAGAGUUUUAGACAACAGAUUUAAACAAUUCUUUCAUCUUCAUCGAUAAAUAAAAUAAGAACGAACUAACCAUAUAAUUUCGUUUGGCUCUACUGCUGUAAGAUAUUUUGCAAUCCACUAAUUUUUAUAUCUUAUAUCUGUCGUUGAACAGCCGACCCAAUUUUGGGUUUACGACUACUAAUGUACAACUGCGCAGCCUUGUACUUUUGAACCAAUCCAGAAGACAAGGAAACUCCUGGAUCAGUACCCCCAGAGGGUUUGUUAUGGGAACAUGGAGGACUUUGCGACUAAACAGAUUUAACGUGCAUCAGUCACCCUUUACUACACGGAGAGUCUUCAGCCGGCUCGGAUUGAAGCCACGAAUUUUUGGGCAUGGGCCUAGUGCCCUACCAACCGGGCUAUCCCGGCCGUUGUCAUCCAUUAAUUACCUUGAUCUGUCUAAUUUUAUUUAAAAGUAAUGUUUAAAAGUGAUAAAAAUAAAGCAAAACGAUUCGGUGAACGGCCUAGGUUUGGAAUUGUGUUUAAAAUUUCAAUUUUUAACAUUUAAAUUUCAAUUAUGUGUAAUAUUACGAGGCUCCUUUUUGAAAAUAAAUUAUUUUUUAACAAUAGUUUCUUUAAAAAAAAUUGUGUUUAAUUGUGCUGAGUUCGCUUUCAUUUUAAUGUAAGAGAAUUAUGACCUAUAAGUGUUAAAAACUAAACAAAUAUUUAACUGAUUCCAUACAUAAGAGAACAAAACGAUAACAAAUCGCAACGCACGUUAAUAACAACAUUUGUAACAAACCCAUGUUUUACAAUAUUGAAUUAUAUAUACUGAAUAUACUCAAUGUACUGAAUUACUUUAAAAAAAUUAUGCUAAACAAAGUAUUUUAGAACAAGCAUUACUUUCAACUUCGACUGAAAAUUGAACUAAAAACUAAACACUACUAUUUCCUAUCUUUAAGUCCUUUUUAGCGUGUUUAAUUAAAUUUCAAUAUUUCUCAUUUUAUAUAUUACUUCUUGUUUCCUUAUUUCUUAUUUUGAUAUUUCUUUUCAUUGAUUAUAUAAUCUUUUCAAAAUAUACAUGCAGUUACUUUACUAAAUUGUAUAGACCUAGUAGCUCGUUUAUUUUAUUUUUAUUGUGUGUAUUUUUAUUGAAUUUUUUUUACUUAAAAAAUUAUUAAUAUACAUGCAGAAUGUUUUUAUUAAUAUUUUCAAUUUUACUGAGUUCCUAAAAUUCUGAAAUUCAUUCUUAAUUUUAUAAAUAUGUUCUCCAGAAACUGUUUUGCUUUUAUGUUUUAUGAGAUAGAGUUGUUAUAUAGUUUCCUCUGAUAUCAGACAAGGACAAUUUUUAAUGAUCCUGUCAUCCCAGUUAUAGUUCUAAAACCGUCUCUAUGUGAUGUUUUUUUUACCUAAUAUUAGCAUCAUUUGCUUUUAAUGUUUUGAACUUAAAGACAGACAAGUCAUUAUAACUUCAAAAUAACUGUGAAACUGUAAAUGAUAUCUAUACGAUUGUUAAUACUAAAAGAUUCCUGAAACGUUUGUUUCAGUCAAUUACAAAAGUAAGUUUAACGGUGAAACUAUAGACGAUUUUUUCAGUCAAUUAAAGUAAUUGUCCCUGUAAGAAUAUGAGAAAGCUGAUAGAAACGAUAAAAUUACCUUUAUUUGUGCAGUUAUUAACUUGAGAUUGUCCCACAGAGAUUUGUGAGCAACCUGGUGCAUUCUUACCAAUUUAGCUCCUGCUGUAUUUUCCCCAGUUUCUAAGAAUUAAGUUUUAUAGUACAUUCAAAAUUACGAAAAUAUAUUUAAGUUGUUAUAUUUAUCAUUUUAGGAACUGAAAAUGGAAAAGAUCAUUCCUAGAUCGUAAAAUAGCCGAAGGUUCUUGUUUAUAGUACCUUCAAAAUGGCUGGCAUGGCGAGCUUUAUCUGGUUUACAAUAGUCAUUGUAUUUUGGUGUCUUCUCUGGCCAUGAUAUCUAUGGGCGCUGCAUGCUGGGACUACUGUGAUACAGUGCCAAUUAUAGCUCAAUAUCUGGUGAUAACAGGAUCAAUGUUUUUUUGUCUGUUGAUCUUGCUGUUACUUUUAACAUUUUGCAUAUGCACUUCCUCAGGAGAUCCAAAAAUCACAGGAUCGUUAAGAAUAGUCGUUGGUGUCUGUGUCGUUGUCAUGUAUCUUCUUGUCAUUGCAGGUACAACGGUGCUUUUUGUACAGUCAGAAGAAGACAAAGUUUGCAAUAGGACUAGUACACACAACGAACACUUUUUUGAAGAACAAUUCAAUAAAACAGCCCCACGUACAGCAGAUCCAUUUUGUACUAGUACAUUGCCAAAAUUCAGUUACGGUGUCUUAGUUGUCUUUCAUGUCUUGAUAUUUUUCUCAUUAAUGUUAAACUUUUGUGAUAAUUCCAAAUGAAACAAAUCACUUAAGAACUAAUUAUAAAUGCUUGCAGGGAUUCAGUUUGCUGAUAUUUUGCACUCGUACAAUCUUUGUAUAUCAAAGUAAAAAUUUGACUCAUUAUUUUCAGUAUUUAUUAAUUUUAUAUCUAUUACUUGAAUUUCACAUUUAAAGUUCAUAUUCUUUAUUUCCCACCUGUGUGUAAAGACGUUUGCACGAAAUAUAUAAUUCAAUUUCAAAGUAUUAUGUUUUUUGAAUGCACUGUUUUACAAUGUUUUUAUAUUGUUUUUCAAAUGUGUCAUCAUAUUAAAAACUGUGUUCGAAACCUCUUUAAAAUGUCAUUUUUAAUAUGUGCAUAAAAAAUAGAAAUAAAACAUUAUUAUGACUCUCA